CCUAGAUCCGGAGAUGGUAAUGAAGAGUACGAAGAGAGUCAAAACGAACAGGAUGAUACAUAUUCAGCACAAGUAUCGUCAUGGACAUAUUUUGAUGGUCUGCUUUUUCUUAAAGAUCAAUUUACACCCAGAGCAAAUAAAGGAAACUUAGGCCAAGACACCGAGGACGAAAACAUGGCAUUUUUCUGUCUGCUUCCGCAUAUUAAAAAGCUUAACGAUGAACAGCGGAUGUUGUUGACUAUGGAAAUUCAGCAAGUAACUUACAGACACGUUUACGGCACAUCAAUUCAGCAAUCCCAACACCAACAGGUUUCCGCUCCAGUUUCCCUUUCGAGGCCACCACAACUUCUAUCCACGAUAGUCAGCCAUCAGCAGCAACCUUAUUCUGUGCAACAACAUGGAUCACAACCGUUUUCCGAUGAUUAUUCCCAAUCGCUGAUAACACGUGGAGAAAUGUCUCUUCCGGCCGGUGGACAAUAUACUAACAUAUGAUUUUUUUUUAUUUUUUUUAUUACAUAAUAAGAUUUUCUGUUUGCGAAUUAUUCAAAUUAGAAUAAAAUGUAUACCUACCUUAUUGUUAUUACUAGUCGCUCUUCCACACUUACAGAAUCUUUAAUGAAAUUACUCCAACAUGGCUGAAUUUUGGAGGAAACCAUUUCUAAUAGUAGGGUCAGUGCACUGGUUAUCCGGCCAGCACUGGUCCUCGGCCUUUUUAGGAUUUAAAGCUAAAUAUUAGUUAAUUUAAUCGCCGUUUAUCCAGUCCAAAUGGUAAAAUAGAUUCAUGUAUCGUUUAUCUAUCGAAAGUAGUAGGGGUUAAGAUGGAGCUGCAACUAAUAAGCGUGCGAAAAAGCCACAGUUCUUGGACGCGCAACAGAACAACAUAGGUAGUGAUUCAAAUGUAAA